AUGAGCGGCCGAAGCGGAUAUGGCAACGGAUACGGCUACAGCGAUUCGAGCCGGUACGAGCACGGCGAAAAUGGAUAUGGGGGUAACAGUAACCUGGGAGUGAACGGAUACGGCGGUCGAGGCGGUGCCAGCUCAUCGGCUUCAAGUCGGGAUCGCCGCCCCGGUGGCUAUGGUGGAUUUUAUCCGGAGGCUACUCAGCAGCCGUCUUUGUCGCCAAACCGGUCCCCGGAGCGCCGGCAUGACCGGUCAGAGCGAGAUCGACCGCCGGCCUCGUCGCAGUCUGCAUCAGCCUCGCGGUCUCGGACACGAGGCGGUGACUCGGCGAGGUCGGAAACGAGCUACCAGAGCUUUAGGGACGAGAGGCCUCGAGAGGGCCGACCUAGACAAGAUCAUUCGAGAGAUGCUGCGCGUUAUGCGGACAGUCGCAGUCGGGACCGGAACGCUCCUCCAGCCGCCAUGGUCAAUACUUCCGGGGAGAUCCAAUCGGUCGAAGCGGUUCUCCAGUCAAUCCAACGCGACUGGGAUUUCAUGACUGAUGCCGAAUGUAUUCCCGUCCACGUUGCUCUCAGUCUGAUGGACACGAGCACUUUGGGUAAGGCAGAGCGCGAGCCGGAAUUCCUGAAUAUGUACAACCAGAUCCAGCGCACUCUCAAAUCAAUCGUGAACGAACAUCACCAGGGAUUCAACAGUUCGAUUGGUACAUACCACAUGAUCCAGUCCAAUAUUUCAAGCUCCCAAGGUCGAGUUCGCAACCUCAGACAUUCUUUGGAGGAGGCCAAAUCCGGGUUAUUGUCAACCAAGCCAGAACUGAAAGGGCUGGCGACCUCUUCUCAAAAUUACGACGAUAUCUUGCAAUUGUUCACCCAGAUCGAGGAAAUUCAGUCACUCCCGGAGAAGCUCGAGUCUCGAAUUUCAGACAAACGAUUCCUUGCGGCUGUUGAAGUUCUUCACACUGGAUCACGCUUGCUACGUCGCUCAGAACUCGAAGAGAUUGGGGCUUUGUCCGAUAUCCGAGCCUAUUUCAGUAAUCAGGAGACUUCACUGACAGAAAUUCUUAUAGAGGAGCUGCACGAUCACCUCUAUCUCAAAUCUCCUUAUUGUUCAGACCGAUGGAAGGCUCCCGUCGGUGACGGCGAUACCAAUUCCUCAACUUGGGCAGGUAAUCGCUCUUGGGAACGACCUGUUUACAGCUUCUUAGCUAAAUUUGACCCAACCACGCCAAUGGUCGAAGACGCAUCCCGAAACCCAGAAGCUGACACAUUCUCCUACAUCCAGCUGUUGAUUGAAGCUCUUAAUAAGAUGGGCCAUCUCGACACCGCUGUUGAUCGAAUCGAACAGCGACUCCCGGUUGAGCUAUUUGCAGUGGUUGACAAGACAAAUGCUGAAGUGGACAACCGGUAUCCGACUCCGAACCGUACAUUCUCAUCUCACGACAAUCAACUCAAGUCCAACCUGCCGACAGAGACCAUUGAGAAACGCGGUCACGUGCUGUCUGAAUUCCUAUGGGCCCUUUACGCCAAGUUUGAAUCGAUCGCCGAGGGCCAUCGGGUUGUGCAUGACGUUGUUGCGGCCAUUGUGGAAAGGGAAGGCCUGGCAAAGGCCGAGACCCUUGGUGGUGGAUUUAAAGAAUUGUGGAAGCUGCUACAGAGCGAGAUUCGUUCUUUGUUGCACGACUAUCUCGCAACUGAUGGGGAUGGCUCUUUCGGAUCCAGAAGUGAAGAGGCGGAUGCCCGCCGAAACCUCUACGCGAGCCACCGUGAUAAGAACAAAAAGAUGUUCAAGCUAUCUGACAUUGAUCAGGGCUCUGAAAUGAAGGCCGAGCAGGAUGAGCUGGAUGAAAUUCUGAAGACGUCGGUCCCGGGAUUGGUUUCAAAGACGAGACAGAAGGCGGCUGCAACCGAUGUCGCCCAGUCUCGACAAGGAAACUCAGGGACUGGUCACAAGAUCCUCCUCGAGCCAAGCGUGUUCAACAUGCGGCUUCUUCUUCCACCUUCUCUCUCCUUUAUCCAACAUGACUUCAUGGUCAACGUUUUCCUUCCCCAAUUGGAUGAGACCGUGACAGACUUGUGCACACUCAGCUUUAUUGCUGCUGAUGCAUUUACCGAGGACUCUCAGUGGACCAAGGUCUCACCACGACCUAUCUUCAAGGGAACGGUGAAAUUCAUGUCCAUUGUGCGAGAGUUCAGCAAGAUGCUUUCGAGUAUCCCACACGACCAAGCAUUCACACAGCUUUUGAUCGACCAGAUUGUCACGUACUAUGACAAGUGCUGUGGAUGGUACAAAGCGAUGGUAACGAAGGUUUCCGCUCGCAACCGCGGAGGUGAGGUCCGGCUUAAAGCUGCAGCUUCCUUUGCCGAAACUGGUGAUAUCCACGAUAUUGUGGAUGAACUGUGGAAGGGAGCUGGGGAGAAGAAGCAAACGCUGAUCGAUACUGAAAUCGAUCUGCUUCUCAAGCGGACAGACCAGGUUCCCUUGGAGCCAUACGACAUUAUCUCCGACCCCAAGACGGUUGUGGCUCUAUCGCUCUUGUAUAAUAGCAUGCAAUGGCUCGGAAGCCAUCUUUCGAAGAUUCGGCUCGUUGUCGACUCGUCCACGGAACAGUCAUCGUCACUAUCCUCGAAUGGGCGGCCUUCUCGAAGAUGGACACUGUUUGGAGCGAUGAAGCCCAAGCACGACAGCAUCAAUAACCCGGUCUACCUCCCGCUUAAUAAUGAGACCGCGGCAGCUUUUGAUAAAACGUUGCAAUCAUUGCAUGGUCUCGGGUCUACCGCACUUCUGACAUUGCAUGUCGACAUCCGCUGCGGCAUCAUCCACAUGCUCACGAAGACCAUGUCGGGACCGAACCCUCCCACCGUUCGAAAUUCCGAGCCUGCCACACCGUCCCCGAGUACCACCGAAAAUUGGUGGCAUAUCAUUAUGAAUCAACCAACAGCGGCCUCUCCGACAAUCCUGGAGCUGAACAGCGAUUUAAUUGCCUUUGACACCAAUAUCUCUACCUACCUCGGAUCCUCCGAGCACUGGUUCAUUACAUCCGGCCUGGCCCGGUUCAUUGACCGGGUGUUUGUUGCUUGUACGAAGUACAUUGGAGCUAUGAACGAGAAUGGUGCCUUGCGCCUGCAACUCGAUGUGCUUGUUCUGCAGCAGAAUCUGAAGAACAUCAUCAUUGACCCGACUGCUGAUUCAUCCAGCACGAUCGAAGGGGUUUCCCACGAAAUUGUGGCCCUGCCCCGCAGCGCCAAAUUCCUGGACUGGUUCCUGGAGGGCGCCGAGAAGGCACUAGACUACUCCAAGGACGAAAAGGAUGCGUUCGCCGCCGAGGGGGAUCGCGCCUUGGCAGCAGGCAACGGGGAGCCGUUCACAUACGAUGAAUUGCGCGUGUUGGUGGAUCUUUGUUUCUCAGAGGUCCUGCGUGGUCCGCGAGGUGCGGAGAGUCGCGAGGACUUCAUGUCAUCCAAGAAGGCCAGUGCCGAUGCACUACUGCGCCUGAACGAGGUAAUGUGGGAUGCGCGAUAG